AUGGAGGCCACAGAAGAAAGCCCAGUGGAGACCCAAAUCCCAGCUCAGGGCACCUCAAUCGAGUCGAAUAGUUCCAUUGUUACAGAUAAAGUUCUUCUCUCACUAGAGGGCAAGAGAAAGCGGAAAGGAUACUUGCCAACUGAGUCGGUGAAGACCCUCCGUGACUGGCUGUAUGAGCACCGGUUUAAGGCCUACCCUACAGCAUUAGGGAAGUGAAUGCUGUCAGAGGAGAAUUUGUCUUUUCUGCAGAUCUCUAACUGGUUCAUCACCCGCAGACGCAUUCUUCCAGAAAUGCUUCAUCAAGAUGGAAGUGACCCCAACCAGAUCACCAUGUUCCACUAAAAAGGCAAGGCUGCCAACGUGACUCACAGCCAGCAGAGCACCCAUCCAUCUAUCGAAGCCAAGUCAGGGCCCAGAGAUCUAGACAAGAUACAAUGCCUGCCCCUAAACCCCGCGUGGAUGGGCCAGGAAUCAGGGUAGAAGCUGUCGGAUAGAGUCCGUCCAGGCCAGAAGCUCACUCCUAAAGUCCCGCCAAAGGAAAAGGUCGAGUUUUUCACCAAUGUGCCCUUGCUUAUAUCUUCUCCUGAACCUGUGUCGACAGAGGAGUACAAGGACUUCAGCAGCUUGCAGCUGCUCGCGGAUGCAGCUGUACAAAAGUCUGCUGAACUGGAGGUACAGAAAAAGCAAGAGCCCAACCUAUGA